GCAGCCUACCAGCUUGUUUUGCUUGCCAUGGGCCCUAUACAAGGGAAACUCCAGUAUUGAAUUCCAUGUUGGUGAGAUUGGUGGAGAAAGAAGGUUUCUUUUCUAUUUCUUUUGGAUCUUUCGUGGGGAAUUUGUUCAGGGAGGAUGGGCAAUCCUUGGAAUGUGCCUGUGGGUGGCAGAUGGAAGGCAGUGGAGAGGAAGCUGAGGGUGGGAGAGGUGGCUCUCAGGUGUGUUAUAUGUGGCCUUGCCGUGCUUGUGGCUGCCCUUGUGGGGACUGACACCCAGACCAGGAGGAUCGUCUACCUGGAAAGGAAGGCCAAGUUCACGGACAUGAAGGCUUCAGUGUUUCUGGUGAUAUUUAAUGGGAUUGCUGCAUGUUAUAGUCUUAUACAGGGCCUGCGAUGUAUAGUAAAUGUAACCAAGGGGAGUGUUCUGUUAAACAAGCCCUUCGCUUGGCUUAUUUUCUUAUGUGAUCAGGUAAUGGCAUAUGUAUCAGUAGCUGCAGUGGCUGCAAGUGCACAGUCAGGAUUGCUUGCACAGUUUGGCCAACCAGAGCUUCAAUGGAUGAAACUAUGUGAUCUGUAUAGGGGAUUCUGCAUCAAGGCUGGAUGUGGUUUAGCGAUUGCAUUUGUGGUCACUUCUUGUAUUCUCAUACUUUCCUGUAUCUCUGCAUUUAACCUUUUCCGACUGUAUGGGAAUAACAAAAGAUGAGGGCAGUUGAAAUGGUAGGACAUAGCUCUUCUCCCUACUUUACUCCUUCCAUCUCUCUAUAGCUAAUUUGCUGGUAUAUCAUAACGAUGACCUUUGUAUUUUUCUAAAACAUAUGUUGUAAUUGCUAUCCAAUCAUGCAAUGUUGUGCCUUUUUUAAUUUGGUAA